AUGGAGAGCGAUGAGGUGCAGGUCCAGCAGCUCAUCUCCCCAACGAAGAACACAUCUUCAUCACUAGACCACCCGGAAACCAAGAGUCGAAUUGGCUCAACAUCGAUAAAGUCGAUCAGAACAAUGUCGUAUCCCAAGAACCAGCAAUCGGCCAACGGCGCUGCCCAGACGAAUGGUAGUAACUCGGCCGAUCCGAGUACGCAGCCCUCUACAUCGCCUUCAUCACCAGCUAUUCAGCGUUGGAUGGGUGAGAGGCCAUGGGAGGAACCCUUCCACGCCCAGGGAUCUGGGUCCGCUACAUCCGGCACUGCCAACAGCGGUACAUCGACCGAAACGGAGAAGAGGUCCUGA